UAGAGAGAUAGAGAGAGAGAGAAAAGUGUUCAGUCUGUUUUAAGUUUGAUUUGCUUAAGUAGUAGGGUGGUGUUUUGGCCUUUGGUUAUCUAUCUGUGGACUGUGGCCUUAGCUUGCAGAGAUGUGAUCGAGCAUCAAAGUCAUGUAAUUUCUCAACUUAUUAACUACUUUCUUUCACCAAGACUAUGAGCUUGCCUAGAGCCAAACAACCUUAUUUUUCCUCCUUAGAAGAAGAUCUACUCAUAAAAAAGAUCCUUCUCACUCAUGAUCCUAAUGCCACUCACCUGGAUUCUGCAUUGUUACUUCAUGCUGUUCAGAAUAUCGUUUGUCACAUUAUGUCAAAGGAUUCUGAUCCAACUGAUAGCAUCACUCCAUGUAAUGUUGGAGUUGCUGGACUAGAAGAAACUCUAGGGCAGACCAUCUAUAAGAUCUCACAUGAGAUUUUUAGCAUAUGUUCUAAUGGCAUUGAUGAACAUGCAAAAACAAUGCUGCUCUUUGAACUUCUAAGCCAUUUAAGAUGGGAUGCUAAAGUAGUCUUGGCACUUUCGGCAUUGACAUCUACCUACGGAGAGCUAUCGCUUGUGCUACAGCAACUCCCUCAUAGUCCUUUGGCUGCUCUGCUUGCGGCACUCAAGCAAUUGCCUCGCAGCUUAACCGCUUUGAACAUGCAAUUCAAGGCUUUGAAUUUGUUGAUUAACACAAUGGUGGAAUUGGCAAAAACUGUUGUCCGGUUUGAAGGACUGCCUUUGCAACUAGUACUUUUGGAUCACAAGGCAAUCGCUGCUACCAAGUCUAAAAUCUGCAUUGCAACUUACUGGAUUUUGAGAAGCUCGUUAUCGUGCUUCGCUCUUCUUGCUGACUUGAGGACUAUAAAAGAUGAGCAAGUGCAUUCAAAUAGAACAGCAAUUGCAUCAUGGGCUCUCUUCAGUCUGGUAUACAAGUUAAGUGGGUUAUACCAUGAGCUUAGAGAGCAAGUGGAUGUGUGCUGUCAGCAAAUAGAGACAAGGUUUCCUGAAGAGCUGUUGAAUGUUUUUAAGUUAAACCAUCUAGAUAACCAAGAGGUGCUUCAGAUGCUUUUUGCCUUGAGAGAUAACUUGCCUUUGAAAAACUAUUCAAAAGAAAUGUGUGGCAUCCUUGAAUUGAAAGGCAAGGAGGUUAUGUUCUUGAUAUCAAAGCCAGAGAUUUUCUCAAUGGAGAAAGUCUUCUUUCUGAUGCAACAGACAUAUGAUCAUCCCCAUCGCAAAAGCUUACAGGGAAGCUAUGUAAUUUUAUGGGUCCCAAUUGCCACCUCCGAUGUUUGGAGUCACGCCGAUGAGAUAACUUUCCAGUUUUGGUCAAAUUCCUUUCCAUGGUUCUCUAUCAGGCAACCUAGGUUACUAAACUCAGAUGUUGUGCAAUUCAUUAGGCGAGAAUGGAAUUAUAACGAGGAACCGAUAAUGGUCAUCUUAAACACUGAUGGAGUAAUUACAAACUCUAAUGCAUUGGAUAUGGUGUGGAUAUGGGGGGCCAAAGCAUUUCCCUUUUCAACUUCAAAGGAAAAGGAGCUGUGGGAACACCAGAAGUGGAGCCUGCAAUUCAUAACUGAUGGUAUUGAUCCUUUGUUGUCCCAAUGGUAUCUGUUCUAUACUUUCUGA